AUGGCUGGCUUGCUGCCGUCGGUGGUCCGAUAUAGAAAUAAAAUGCACUGGGCACAGACUACGGCAUCAGAGGCGGGUCUAGCCAUCCGCGCCUGGCGACGAGCUCGGCGGCGCGACAAGAACGUCGUAUCGCACGACAACAACGUCGUAUCGCGCGACAAGAACGUCGUAUCGCGCGAGCAAGGACGUCGUAUCGCACGACACGAACGUCGUACCGCGCGACAAGAUCGUCGUAGCGUGCAAUACGCACGUAGCGCACGUAUUGUACGUUGCGCGUAUGUCGAGUGGGUGCGUCCUUUG